AUGACAGAAGUUUCUCAAGGCGUCCCUUCCCGUCCAUCCCCCCUCCCCGGUGUGCAGAUGGAGCACGUGCUGCAUGACAGAAUCACCAACUUCGUGGAGAACGAUCUCAACAACCUCAAGGAGGUGCGGCGGCGCUACGACAAGGCUGGGCGGCAAUAUGACCAGAUGCGGGAGCGCUUCCUGUCGCUCAAGAAGGGCAUCAAGGCUGAAGUGGCGGCAGAGGCCGACGAGGUGAGAGGGGAUUGGUUUGAGUUUGACUGGGAAGUGCCGGGAAAAUUGCUGCGAGGGGGAGGGGAGGGGAGUUUGAGAAAUCAGAGAUAUGUGGGCACAGCAUGGAAGGCAAGUGGAGAUGUGGGAGGAGGUGGGUGGGAAGAUGUGGAUGGGAGGAAGGUGUUGAGAGGAGAAAAGGGAAGUGACCUGCAAACGGCUCGCAUGCAGUUUAAACAGGCGCGCUUCAACCUUAUGACAGCGCUGAGCAGUGCAGAGGCGAAGAAGAAGCACGUGUUCCUCGAGUCCAUUGGCUCUGCUGUGCACGCCCACCUGCGUUACUUCAAACAGGGCUACGAGCUGCUGCAAGCAGUGGAGCCGUACAUCCAUCAGGUGAUUCUCCAGGGUGCUGUGUCAGCCGACACUAAUCCUCUCAAUUCCACCACGCCUCUCCCGUUCUCGCAGGUCCUCACGUUCUCUCAUCAAGCACAGGAACAGGCCAAUCAGGAGCAGACGGAGCUAGCAGAGCGAAUUUACCAGUUCCGGCGCACAAAGGAGGAGGAGAGCGCGCAGCUAGAAGCCGCCCACACGCACGCGCAGGCACAGGCGCUGGCGCACGCACAUGGGCGCGGGGGCGGCGGGCGCAUGUCAGGGGCUGGUCUGGCGGGUGCAGAUGGGGCGGGGGGCGGGGAGGGGUUUGGGCAGGGCCGCGGGCCGUAUAGACCGUCAGGAGGAGUGAAGUCGAGCAGUGUGGAGCAGAUGAUGCGUGCUGGUGCUGGCGGGCAGAGAAAGGUGAUGAAGCAGGGAUACCUGGUGCAGGUGAUCAAGCAGGGGUACCUGGUGAGGCGCACUGCUGCCGCCCGCUCGCGCCACUUCUUUGUCCUCGAUUCAAGGGGCUCCCUUUACUAUCACAAGGAUGCUCAGAACGCACGCUCUGACACGCUCUCCUCGCUCUUCUCCCUCGUCCGCGCUCGCACCACCGACGCCACCCCUGCCGCCCCGCCGCCCGCCAACCCCAUGGCCCAGCACUACCGCCCACUCGGCCUGGGCGGCAGGGGCAGCGGCGGUGGGCACGGGGAGGAGGGCGGGGACGACCAUAGCACAGACUCAAUGGGAAUGGGGGCGGGGAUGGGGGGGAUGGGGAUGGGGGGGAUGGGGAUGGGGAUGGGGAUGGGGAUGGGGGAGGAGGAGGAGAGGAACCACGCGCUGCAGUACGAGUCGCUGAACCUACUGACUGCCACCAUCAAGAUGGAUGCUGAUGAGCCCGACCUGCGCUUCUGCUUCCGCCUCGUCACCCCCGACUGCACUCACAUGCUGCAGGCGGAGAGUGCAGCGGAGCAGAGGGACUGGAUGGAGAAGAUCACGGCCGUCAUCGCCUCGCUGCUCAACUCCCACACCACCGCCCAGCACAACCCUGCGCUUACAACCGCACAAGCUGGUUGGUUGGUGUUGCUGCUCUGGCAGCAAUGCUGCUACACUGUCUUCACCGCCCUGCUUCAACCACCCACGUCGAAAUCCCCCUUCUUCCCCUUCCCCUCAGCCACAGCAGCCCUCACUAGCCACAACAGCUGCCCCCAGAGUGGACAGCCCAUUGCAGGUGCUGGGCUAUCCGGCCCCAUCAGUGGCGAACCUAACCAUCUCCCACCAGGCAGCAUCACAGGACGGGCAGGCAGGAGCGCUGCCCAUAGUGGAGCGGCCACUGGAGGUGCUGGGCUAUGUGAGUGGCAACGACCGCUGCGCCGUUGCAGCCGGGCGCACCCCGACUGGGCGUCGCUCAACCUCUGUGUGCUGCUCUGCAUCGACUGCUCCGGCGUGCACCCCAACCUGGGCGUGCACCGCUCAAAGGUUCCCCCUUCCCUCCGCAACUUCCCCCUUCCCUCCGCAACUUCCCCCUUCCCUCCGCAACUUCCCCCUUCCCUCCGCAACUUCCCCCUUCCCUUUGCAACUUCCCCCUUCCCUCCGCAACUUCCCCCUUCCCUCCGCAACUUCCCCCUUCCCUUCGCAACUUCCCCCUUCCCUCCGCAACUCCCCCCUUCCCUUCGCAGCUUCCCCCUUCCCUCCGCAGCUUCCCCCUUCCCUCCGCAACUUCCCCCUUCCCUCCGCAACUUCCCCCUUCCCUUCGCAACUUCCCCCUUCCCUCCGCGACAUGCCCCAUCUGUGCUUCCCUGCCACCAGGUGUGCUCAUUGACGCUAGACGUGAAGGUGUGGACGGCGCCAUUGGUGCGCUCAUUGACGCUAGACGUGAAGGUGUGGACGGCACCGCUGGUGCGGCUGAUGGCCAUAGUGGGCAACGACUUUGCCAACAGCGUGUGGGAGCAGCAGCUCAAGGACGUACAAGGAGGAAGAGAAGGGAAUGCAGGCUCUUCAGGCCGUGCCCUCACACGGUAUGUUGUGCGGUGUGCUGUGUGGUGUGCUGUGCUGUGUGGUGCACUAUACU